AUGCUUUCGAGACCAGUUCCGAGCCUGUGGAUCAGCGAGACGCGCUUCUUCGCGUCCCCCAGCUUCUCGGAAGACGGGAGAGCGUGCGGUCAGGGUCCUGUGUGUUUGUCCUUAGGCUGGAGUCCCACACUCCUUCCCACCGCAUCGUUUCAACUCAACACGACCAAGCCGGCAUCUCCGACCUUCAAGAUGAGCGCAUCGGCGGUUCCGAACGAUGCAGCUCUGCCGCCAUCGAGCGCGGCCGAUGUCGCGUCGGCCAUGCCGACACACAUUGAUGCGGCGACGUCGGCGCCGGUGGAUCAGGCACCCGGCGAAGACGCGAGUCUUCCCCCGGCCGUCACCGGAUUGACGCCCGAACAGGUGUUGCAGGAGCUCAGAAACAGUGGUUAUAUCGACCAGCUCCGUCGUCAGAUGAUUGAGGCCUUCAAUGCCACUGGGCCUGCCCCGGCACGUCCACCCAAUGCAGCCUCAUCUUCCGCAGCACCUCAACCAGCCUCUGCAGAUGCUGGCAAGCCGGACGAUGUCCAGCCCGCAUCGAUCAGCGCUGCGCAGUCAGAACUAGCCUCCGCGCCCAUCGCUUCGACUUCGACAGCACCACCUUCGUCCUCGAUGCCGGCGCCCUCUGCAGCAGGUCUGCCUUCUGCAUCCAAGACCGGACUGGAUCUUGGCUCGAAAGCCGCAUUCCUGGCGACCCUCUCCGAGCCGCUGAAGCAGCAGGUGGAGAAGGAGCACCACCGGCUGCGCUUCCUCGCGCCGCGCGAGCAGCAGGAUAAGCUGCUCCAGCUGCUCGAAUCCGAACCUGUCGCGCACCCGCAGCGCGAGUCGCACGGCGAAGCCUCGCUCUUUGACCUGCUUGUCCGCCACAUCGUCGCCGACGCCACUGCACCCGACGCCACCGCAGGCGUGCUCAGUCCCAACGGCCGUCUCGGUAGACAGGCAGCAGGCAGGAUCGCAGAGACCAUCGCAGAGCUUCUUCACCCGGCAAGCAAGGAUGCCGACGAAGUUGACGACGAUGAAGAGGACGCUGACGAUGAUGGCGACGAUGAAGACGACGCCGAGCAGAUCGGCAUGCUCACCAGCAAACCAUCCGAACCCACAUCCUCUGUUGCAGCUAUAUCGGAUGCGACACCACAGGCAGCACACGAUUCAAGUUGA